AUGAGUCACCUAAUCUGGAAAUCUUACUGGGAUAAUGAUGUCGACAGGUUUCGCCGACUGUUGGCACCGGCAGGCUUCAAUGCCCAGUCCGCAGCAAAACCCUCACGUCCUAAACCGCGAAAAGGAUCUGCCUACGGCUCAGGCGCUCCAGGGUCCAAGGGGAAUCCAUCUAGUGCUGCCGGAACGAUCGGAAGGUCCGAAAUAAAUAGCCGUGACUAUGCUGGCCUGACUCUACUCCUUCGCGCUGCCUCGUCGACCGCGCCGGACGCCAUUUACUUUGUCGAGGCCCUAUUGGACCACCCCGCGAUAGACAUCUACGCUCGCGACCAUGAGAGUGGCUGGAACGCCCUUCAUCGUGCUUUAUACGUCGGAAACAUAUCUAUCGCACGUCUUUUGCUCCAGGCCGAACAGCGCAUCCUCACCGAGACCCUCAGCGGCUCGGUCAAUAGCCGAGUCGGCGAGUUGAUCAAGACGAAGGAUCGCGAAGGAAACAGCCCUUUCGAUCUCUAUAACUCUACAAUCGCCACAAGAGAUGCAACUCAGGGUUCCUUCGAUGAUACUUCGGACACCGAUUCUGUUGCCAGCGGCCCCGGUGAACCGCAGUUUGAUGAUGGCGUUCCUGGGUUAGGUCAUGGUGUGCAUUCCAUUCCUGGGGAUGAACUAUACACCUUCGGCAGCAACAAGAACUUUUCGUUGGGUGUGGGGGACGAGAGCGACAGACAGUUCCCCGAGAAACUCACACUCAACCGGCCAGAAGAACUUGUUGAGCUGUUCCAUCGUGACACAUUCACUAAGAGCGGUCAGGGUAUGACUGGCCAGAAUCGGGAGGAAACUUGGGCAGUAUCCCUACCCUACGCUGUUCUCACCACGGAUGCCGUUUCGAAUCUUUACGUAUGCGGCGUUGGCCGAGGUGGCCGCCUUGGCCUUGGGGACGAGAACACCCGCUUCCGGUUCGUGCCCGUGCUGGGCGCCCUUGCGGGCAAACGCGUAACUCAGAUUGCCUUGGGCCAGAAUCACACUCUUGCGGUUGUGGACAACGGAGAACUGUGGUCGUGGGGUUCUAAUUCUGUCUCACAGCUUGGUUAUACGCUACCGACACCUGCGAAAGCGGAUGAGGAGCCCGUGAGCCUGACUCCGCGUCAGGUAUUCGGGCCUCUGAAGAAGGAAAAUGUUGUGGGCAUCGCUGCUUCUCCGGUACACUCCGUCGCCCAUACAGCUACUUCUCUCUACUGCUGGGGCCGCAAUCUUGGCCAGCUCGGCCUGAUGGAUGCCGACUCUCGAUCGCUGGAAGUUCAGACAGCGCCCCGAAAAGUCGCCGCAUCGCUAAUCUCAACCCCGAUCCUCAUGGUAUCGGCGGUUGAAAAGGCGACCACGGUUUUGCUUGCGAGCAAUACCGUUUAUGUCUUUACGAGUUACGGUUACAAUCUGAUCAAGUUCCCCGCGCCUGAUAUUUUCGCCAAUACUCGGCUGGGCUCGGCCGCUCAUUUCUCAAACGCCAACAUCAAUAAGAUCAAGGCCAUUACGUCUGGCGGCGACACCAUUGCUGCCUUGAGCGGUCGUGGGGAUCUGUUUCUCAUGAACUUGAGCCAUCAGGUUGAUACCAACAUGUCCGCCACCUCGACUACCAAUCCUGCUAAAAUAAAAAAGGGUGCCGUGUCACAGGCGCAGUGCAUCUGGAGUGCGCGUAAGGACGGCGUGACCUCUGCCAGCAUCGGGGAGCAUGGCUCUGUAAUUAUAUGCACCGAAUCUGGCGCAGUCUGGCGACGAGUGAAACGGGCGAAGGCCAAAGAUGCGAGCAUGCCAGGCACGGCCGGCAUCAAGAGAAAAGAUUUCAAGUUCCAGAGAAUUCCCGGCAUCACCAACUCCGUUGCGGUCCGAAGUUCAACAUUUGGCGCCUUUGCUACUGUCCGGAGAGACUGCACCUCCGUCGCAGAAAGAAUCAAGAUUGAGGAUCAGACACUCUGGGAGAACCUGGCUAGUCUGUUCCCUCUGGCCGACUUUGAACCAAGUGCUCCUCGCGGCAACGGUGACGUGAAAUUCUGGGACAAAGAAAAGGCGCACAAUAGGAUUACACACAUUGCCUACGACGUACUCCGCUCUCCGGAUCUAGAAGCCGACCUCGAAUCAUGCUUGAGGUUCCUACUAAUGGGUGGCGGUAGCUUCGAUGCCGUCGUCUACACAUCGUCUGUGCCGCAUAUCAAGAUCCCGGUCCAUGGCUGGGUGCUUUCUGCGCGGAGCCCCGUCCUACGUAAGGCUCUCGCUCAAUUCUCUGAAGGAGGAGAAGCGGAAAUACCCGAGGUUCUAUCGAUCGGCCGUGAUAGCGACGGCAAGACAUCACUCGCAUUCCUCGGCUUGGAUAUAAUUACCCUGCUUAACCUUGUGGUGUAUGUGUAUCGUGAUGAGGUUAUUCCUGUCUGGAACUACCUCCGCCAAGUCCCUCAAAUGGCGUUCCGAUACCGCCAGGCCCGAGUAGAGCUAAUGAAAUUGGCAUCCCGCCUGAACAUGGCUAAGCUUGAGGCUGCUGCACGCACGCAAUCGAGGAUAGUCAAAUCUCUAGAUCGAGACUUUGCAGACGCUAGCGGCGACGUUGUCAUCGAUCUCAGCGGCGCCGAAGUACCGGUACACAGCCAGCUCUUGUGCCAGCGAUGUCCUUUCUUCUACGGUCUCUUCCAGGGCCGCUCUCGCGGACAAUGGCUGGCCGGUCGCUUGGAGCAAGACGAGGACGAGGAUAACAGAGUCCGUGUAGAUUUGAGUCACAUGGAGCCGAGGGCCUUUCGCUAUGUUGUCACCCAUCUCUAUGGCGAUGUUGGGCUCGAGCUAUUUGAUAAUGUGGCGUGCGAGGAUGGGGAUGAGUUCUCUGACCUUGUCAUGGAAGUCAUGAGCAUUGCCAACGAAUUGAUGCUCGACAGGCUGUCACAGAUAUGCCAGCAGGUCAUUUCGAGGUUCGUCAACAUUCGAAACAUCUCUCUAUUUUUGAACGAGAUCAGCCCAUGCUCCGUCACCGAGUUCAAAGAUGCCGGUUUGGAAUACGCUUGCCUGCAUAUGGAGGCAAUGCUCGAGAACCAUCUCCUCGACGACCUAGAUGAUGACCUCAUGGAGGAGCUGGAUAGCGCCGUCCGCGAGAACCAGUUAGCUCGGGCGCCGAUAUCGCGGAGCGGCAGGGCUGAGAUGCUGUUGCAUGAAAGGCACCCUGAGCUCGUGGAGGAUAUCGAUGAAGAAAGGCGGCGGCGAACAAAGGAAAUGGCGUGGCGGGCCACGCACCGCGAGGACGAGAAAAGCUAUCUCUCUCGCGAUAGGUCACGGCGCAAGACCAAGGGACCAGCCCUAGAUACCAAGAGUCCCAACUUGCGGGCGCAGCCUUCGUCGGGAGACAUGAUGUUUGGAAUGGACGAGGAAGAAACCCUUUUGGAUUGUCCCAUGUCUCCUAGCCUGCGCCAGGGAGAAAGACGGGGGCCAUCCGGAACGCUGCAGCACGCCGGGUCUGCCUCAGGGCUCAGGGAUAAGGACAAGGUUAGCUUUCGGCCUCUCUCGCAAAGCCAAAGGCGCCAGCCCGCCGAGAUCGCCGCCAGUCCUGGUCCUGCCAACACGCCUCCUCAACUUCCCGCGACACCGGCAAAAGAGACAGCCACGCAGGAUGCCCCGCAAACCGACAAACGGAAGAAACAACAGCAGAUGGAAGCCUCCCAGCGCGCUGCGGCGGAACUUGCGGCCCAAGACCAGCCUAAGAAGGCCUGGGAUCCUCAAGCUUCGGAGACGGCGGCUGUGCCGUGGAAGAUUGCCGACACGAGGGGACCCAAAGUGUCACCGGGCAACGUGAUAUCAGCCACCCUCGCGAACAGGAGCCGAAUACGCUACCGAGCGGCGCCGGGUCAGGCGCUAGCUCGGCCUGGGGCGCAUGGCCCAUCGACCUCGAAGGCGGCUCAGAAGCUACCCAUUGCUCCCUACUCCAAGUCAUACAUCAAGCCGGCGCCCAAGGUGGAGGUCAGUUUGGGGUUCAGCCUCGAAGACAUCAUUGGGCAGCAGCAGCGGGAGCAAGAACUCGUAAAGGAGGCAGUCGCAAAGAGGCCGCUCGCCGACAUACAACAGGAGCAAGCAUUCCAAGAAUGGUGGGAUCAGGAAAGCCGACGGAUGCAAGAGGAAGAAGCGAGGAGAGUUGGCAAGGAAAAGGAGAAGACGAAAGACAAGGGAAGCAAGCGUGGUGGUCGGAGAGGACGCGGAGGAAAGCCCAAGGACGGGAGCGCCGGCGGGGAAGGCUCGGGUGGCCCACCUAAUGCCGGCGAAGUCGACGGUGGUUCGGGAAGGACUGGGGCUCCACAGCGUAAUGGCAGAAGUACGGGAGGUCGCGGCCGGAGAGGGGCAAAGGCGGCGGGACAAGCGACCGUUUCGUGA